UUGUGAGAUUUUAAUUGAAAGAUGGCAGGAAACAAGUAUAGGUCCCAUAUUUAUGGGGAAGGAGAGAAAAACACUGUAUGGAGAUAUGGUGCUCCUCCUAAUUAUGAUAGGGUCAACAAGCUCUUUGAAGAAGACCGAACUCAGGAAACUAUCCUAUUUCUAAUUUCCAUUUUUUCACUCUCUUCAUUUCCUUCUCAAUUGAUUUUGGGUUAUGAAUGGCCCAGUGGUUCCUUGGAAGAGACACUGCAAAACCUUGUCAAGACUUUUGAAAUGGAGCUCUUCCAUAAACCUCGCCUGGAAGAUUACAAAACAAUAAAUCUUGAUAGGUUUACACUCAGCAUCAAUGGAGGGAGACCUAUGAAAAUGGAGGAGAUUGUAAAGGUUGGAGGCUACAAUGCUUUCUUGCAAACCACCUUACCUCAUCGUUUGCAAGCCCAUGAUCCAUCUGCUAUGACAUCUGAGUCAUCCCAUGAGGUAUUCAGCACCACAUUCCCUCGUGGUUUCGCCUUGGAAGUCCUUCAAGUUUAUUCUGGUCCUCCGGUGGUUGCCUACAAGUUUAGACACUGGGGUUACAUGGAGGGUCCCUUCAAAGGCCACCCUCCCACCGGCGAAAAAGUCGAAUUGAUUGGAAUAAGCGUCGUUGAGGUUGACGAGUCGUUGCGAUUUAACAAGUUGGAGUUCAUCUAUGAUGCUGGAGAAUUGCUUGCUGGCCUUCUCAAAAAUCCAAUUUCAGAUGAGACCCCAUCUGAAUCAUCUAUUGGUUGCCCUUUCAUGAAAUAAAAUUAGGUGUUGACCUAUGCAACAUCGUCCACACCAUGAAGAAUUAAUAAAUUAUGAAUAUUGGGUAAGGAAUAAGAGGUGCUGAGGUCUCAUUGUUUGGCCUUAGUUUGGUUUGUUCAGUUCAGUGGUUGGAACCUCUCAGUUGGCUAGCUCCUCUUGGAGUAGGUGCUCGUGCCUGAAUGACCUGGGUUGUCUCUGUUCUUUGGUUUCUCUUGGGAUUUCUCUGGUUUCCCCUUUCAGCUUGAGUCAUUAGGAGGUGGUUUUAGUAGAGAGAGAACCUCUCUCUUUUCUUUUCGUAUUCUUCGUUCUAUGUUUUUUAGGGCAAACAAUCUGAGUUUCGUUGAAUAUAUUUUAUUCACCUAAAAAAAACAAAUUGUUGUCGGUAAAUUAUGAAUAUAUCAUUGGGAU